UACUAACAAGUGGAGACAAGUGAAGAUUUCUGUUCGUUUAUAUAAAACACUACAUAUCGUUCGUGGAGACAACAUCAUCAAUGAGAAGACACUGUGGAUAGUAAACGUUUCGUAGGGGAUAUAUAUGAACCGCUUUCUUUUCAAUUACAAAUACUUAGGAAAUUUGAUAUAUGUCAUCACCAGAUCCGAUGAGACAAGCGUGACCAGUCCACCACUGGCCCUUUAGACCUUUCUGCCAAUCAAAAGGUCCUACUGGAGCAAAGAGACGCCUCCUGCGUCCGGCUCUGAAUAACCCCACCAUUUCCUGCUUGUGUUGGUCCCCGUGAGUGUUUCAAAACUGUUUCUCCAACGCUUUUUCCAGAAACUAAGACUGUUUUCCAAAGCAGAAACAGCACAGACCUCCCAGACUGAGGUGAUGGGAAGUGUGCGGGCCAACCGCUACAGCAUUGUGUCAUCAGAGGAGGACGGUAUGAAGUUGGCCACUGCUGCGGUGCCCAAUGGGUACGGUAACGGGAAGAGCAAGGUCCACACCCGUCACCAGACCCAGAGCAGGUUCGUGAAGAAGGACGGACACUGCAACGUGCAGUUCAUCAACGUCAGCGAGAAGAGCCAGCGCUACCUCGCUGACAUCUUCACAACUUGCGUGGACAUUCGCUGGCGAUGGAUGUUUGUUAUUUUCUGCUCGGCGUUCUUGCUGUCCUGGCUCUUUUUUGGAUGUAUCUUCUGGCUGGUGGCCAUAUUUCACGGAGACCUGGAAAAUGGCAGCCCAAAGUGCGUCUCGAACGUAAGCACCUUCACGGCGGCGUUUCUCUUCUCCAUUGAGACGCAGACCACUAUCGGCUACGGCUAUCGCUACGUUACAGACGAGUGUCCCAUCGCGGUGUUUAUGGUGGUAUUUCAGAGCAUUAUAGGCUGCAUCAUUGAUGCCUUCAUCAUCGGUGCUGUUAUGGCUAAGAUGGCAAAGCCCAAGAAGAGGAACGAGACGCUGGUGUUCAGCCACAACGCUACGGUGGCCAUGAGGGACAAUAAGCUAUGCCUGAUGUGGCGCGUAGGCAACUUGCGCAAAAGCCACUUAGUGGAAGCCCACGUUCGUGCUCAACUCCUCAGGUCUCGAACCACUGCUGAGGGCGAGUUUAUUCCUCUGGACCAAAUGGAAAUUGACGUCGGUUUCGACAGCGGCAUCGAUCGCAUCUUCCUGGUGUCGCCCAUCACUAUCGUCCACGAAAUUGACGAGGACAGUCCGUUCUAUGACAUGAGCAAACAGGAGAUGGAGAGCUCUGACUUUGAAAUCGUCGUCAUCCUGGAAGGUAUGGUGGAAGCCACCGCCAUGACCACCCAGUGUCGCAGCUCCUACGUGGCCAGCGAGAUCCUCUGGGGACACCGCUUUGAGCCCGUCCUCUUUGAGGAGAAAAACUAUUACAAAGUAGACUAUUCUCGCUUUCACAAGACCUACGAAGUGCCCAGCACCCCCUUGUGUAGUGCAAGGGAUCUCGCUGAGAAAAAAUACAUCCUCUCCAACUCAAAUUCGUUUUGCUAUGAGAACGAGGUGGCCCUUUUAAACAAAGAGGAGAAAGAGGAAGGGAAAGGCGAAAGCUUGAGUCCUGGGGGGACGAACACAGACACUAGCUCGGACUCUGACCACAGCCAGGCCACCGUUCCUUUAGAAACGCGGCCUUUGAGGCGGGAAUCUGAAAUAUGACUGUGCAGAACUUGCGGAAAGGUUUAACAGACACCUUUUCAUUCAGGCACAUUGAGCUGAACUGAGCCCUUCGGCGAGGCAGACUCAAGCUAACGGUACAGUUACGAGGAAGAUCGAUCGGAGAAACUGUACAGAAGUGUUCUUACGAGUAUGCAUGGUUAAAUAAACACCGCAUAGAGGCACUGCAUAGCUAUUUGAAGAAUGCACGUCAAAGCGAAGACAGGGUUACCCAAUUAGACCGUUGCUUCUAAAUGACACGAAGCUGGGAGAUGUGCUAGGCAAAACUUGAAAAUGAGGAGGCAUGUGUCCGUGUGCAUUUGUCCUGAACAAGUUUGAUAUCUCUGACAUAUGAAUACUUCUGUUAUUCACUCCUGCUGCUGUUAUGAAAGUUGAUUCCCUUACAUUUUAAAUCGGCAUGGAAAUUUGCACCCACAUGUUAUCCAGUUUUGCCCAUUGCAAUGACGGAUUUUGUUUGAUAAAUAAGUAGUCAGUGGCCCUCUGCACAUUUUAGGAAUGCGAGCUUUUAAAGAUGUGGGCGAAAACGCACAAAACCAUGCCUGUUUAUUGCGAUACAUCAGACAGGGUCUUUACAUCAGUAUCAGAGACAUCACAGACAUUUGUCGGUAGAGACAAAUAGAGUGAACGUGUUAUUGAAUGUCUUUCUACAAGUGCUGCUAUGUUGCAUUUUAAAUCGACUUUUAGGCUUAAACCAAAGAGUAUUCAAAAUGAUCUUUCGUUAAAUUAUUUUUAGGACGACAGACAAGUCAGAACAUGGAGUACAAUAUAUAUAUUUGUAAGUGGACUGAAGUUGUUUGUUUGCUAAUGCACGCGUAUGGUCUAUUUUAUCAAUUAUUUUCUCAUUCAAAGCCAAAUGUGUAUAGGACAAAGAUAAAAUAUAAAGUUGAAAAUAAGCAAGCUACAGGUUAGCCUACCUUAUUUUCAGGUAAUCUCUUAUUUUCUUCCCUUAACUUCAGUGUUACUGUAGUUUAGUGCUACAUACAUUUUUGGGUUGAAAACUGUUGCUAGAAAACCUUUAGAUGUAAGGUUCUUUGCAUGGAUUACACAUAUAUUCAUUUACAGGCCGUGUGAGUGUGUAAUGAAGGUUUGGGUUUAUAGACUUUUUAACGUAAACGAAAUUCACUUUCUCGUCUGAUUUAAACCUUUUUUAAUAAUUCAUUAUUUCUCAAUCAACUCUAACCUCGCCUGACAAACUGCAAUACAACCCAAAGCACUCAUUUGGCAGGUGUACCGAGAGCCGGGUAUGUAAGACUGGGUUAUUAGACUGAGAUCAUGGUACUGUGAUCCAAUGACAAUCAGAAUGCAGAAUCUGAGCUCAGAACCGCACUUGCACAUGAAAUCGUGCACUUGUGAUAUCACGCGUUGAUAGUGAUAUCAAACCUGUAUCCUGUUUUCUUAAAUAGGCCUGCCUGAAGUAAUUCAAAGACGGCCGCUAGAGCACGUUCUCCUGAAAGCUCUAUAAAAGGAGACGAUAAAUUAGGGGAUUUUUUCACAUCAUACGUCUGUGUUAACAAAAAGAGUAUAAAUUGCUUUUAGUACAACUUCAUCCGUAGUUUCUCACACUUGACGAACAGCCAAACGUGCAGUAAGCCUGGUGUGUACCGGACUUCUGCUGGCUCACAGGAAGCAAAUGCUUCUUUUAUUGACUGAAUGUCUAUAGGCAGCGUUUCUCUUUGUUGUAAAUAUCCCGUACUUUAUGCAGUCGUUUUGUAUCAGUCUUCCCCAAUGUACUGAAAAAUAAAACAAUGGAAUGUACAGAUUUUUAUAUUAUGAUUAAUAUUAUUGUUCUUAUAAUAAUAAUAAUUAUUAUUAUUGUAAUUAUUAUUGUACAUGCUAUUUUAUUUCUUUUUUUUUUCAAUAAAACAAGAUUGA